UUUUUGAUUAAUCGAUUUUAAAUCGACAUGUCUAGUUAACAACACUGCUUUGACGUUUAUUUCUUUCAGAAUUUUGUAAUCAUGGCGCGUGUACCACCGCCAGCAAAUCCUGCACUCAAAAAGGAUAAGAAGGAGAAGAAGCCUCCUAAAGACAACUCCAAAAAUGUUAUGCGAAAUCUGCACAUAAGAAAAUUGUGUUUGAACAUCUGUGUCGGUGAAUCUGGAGACAGAUUGACACGUGCUGCUAAAGUGUUGGAACAACUGACUGGCCAGCAGCCUGUUUUCUCUAAGGCUAGAUACACUGUCAGGUCUUUUGGUAUACGUCGUAAUGAAAAAAUUGCAGUACAUUGUACUGUCCGUGGAGCUAAGGCUGAGGAGAUCCUCGAAAGAGGAUUAAAGGUCCGAGAAUACGAGUUGAGACGUGAUAACUUCUCUGCUACUGGUAACUUCGGCUUUGGUAUUCAGGAGCACAUUGACUUGGGUAUCAAGUAUGACCCAUCUAUUGGUAUCUAUGGUCUCGACUUUUAUGUCGUUCUUGGAAGACCAGGAUUCAAUGUCGCCCAUAGGAGACGUAAGACUGGAAAGGUUGGGUUCCCACACCGAUUGACGAAGGAAGAUGCCAUGAAGUGGUUCCAACAGAAAUACGAUGGUAUUAUCCUUAACAGCAAAAAGUAAAAUAAGUAAUAAAACUUUAUAAAUUAAA